AUGGAAGAGCAACAAGUUAGUGAGACAUCAACGAACAACCUCAAAUCUCCACGCGCUUGUGCCGCCAAUGAAGAAACAACCGAGGCAAACUCUGGGGUAUGCUUGAACCUGACGCUCGGAGAAAGUUCUCCUGGGUCGAAACCUGACCAACCUCCUGUCAGGCUCUUCCCUUGCAAUUUCUGCAUGAGGAAGUUCUUCAGUUCUCAAGCUUUGGGUGGUCACCAGAAUGCUCACAAGAGAGAGAGGGGUUCGAGAAAAUCUCAGCACCUAAGCUCUCCUUUUCUUCAGUGGCUGCAGGUUCAACCUCAUUCUGGAUUUCAGAAAUCAAGGAGAGGGAGAGGGUGGACUAACGUGGUGCCGAGAUAUGUUGAUGUCGGAGAUGAUUUGAUGUGGGUCCGAAGUUUUCAGAUGGAGUCUGACUCAUCUGAACAACCACCGCCGGAAUCGCAGAAGCUUGACUUGAGCCUUCGUCUCUGA